AUGUCCAAACCAGCAACAAACACAAAGACGCCUACUCCCUCUAACCCCUCCUCUCUAAAGCCCCGCUAUGAGAUCCGUAAACUAGAACCCAAAGAUCUGCUCUGGGCGACCGCCAUCUUAGCCCACAGCCACGGUUUCCACUCCGCGAUCUGGCAGCACAUCUGGCCCGACAAAGCACUCGGCCGCUGGACACUAGAAAGUGCCAGAAAACUCGAGUACCUCGUCGCCCACCAAAUCGACUCUGGUCUAUCCUACGGCGUGUUCGACACAGAAUACCAGUUCAAGACCCCCGAGGCGAAAGAAGCAGGCGGGAAGCUAUUCUGGGAUGUCAAUGAACCGGAGGAGAAUAGCGUGGAGCAAACCCAAGGACGAAAAGCAGAGGGCUUGAGACUACUCCGCCAGAUGGAUUUCCCAUUGGUCAGCAUAGCGUUGUCGUACGACAACUUCGUCCCUCUCGAUCCCGCGAAGAUGGGCCCGGUAGACGAAGCGAUACCAGAAUUUGGUCCGCUCUUCGGCGCUCUACGGAAGCUCGACCCGAGGGAUCCAGCGGAGUGGAAAGCUACCGCACCAGGCCAGGUGCUGAUGCGUAACGCGACGUCUACACGCCAUGACUACGAGGGCGAGGGUGUUGCGUCGGGCGCGGCGCGUUGGCUGCGGCGCGAGGCCAAGUUGAUGGGGUUUAGAGGUAUUCAGAUUGAGUGUAUUGCGGAUGCUGUGACGCAUCUUUGGAGCGAUGGUGCGGAGGAGCCGUUUAAGGGAAGGGUAGUUAUAAUUCCGAUACCCAGUAACAUCGACGAAAUGACCGAUUUUCGCUCGCGGGCUGAAGCCGAGCUUCUCGUUACAAGAACAUGCUAUCUCUCAAACGAUCCCGUCUUCUUCAUAGUCCUCAUCAUCGCAGAGUACAAUUUUAAAGAGGGAGUUAUAUACCUCCAAGAUGGUCUCGCAGGCUCGAGGCUUUACCAGCCCAUGAACUCCAGCCAAUUUAUCCAGUGUCUCGACAACGAGACAGGUGAGGAAGUUGAAGUCGUGCGCCAAGGCACAGAGCCAGUUCUCUUUCGUGAAGACCAAAGCGAAGUCAUCUUUACUACAGGGACGCCCAAUAGGAAUCAGCGCGGUGAAUACUUCGACUUCUCUUUCAAGAAGCCCGGGCGGUUUGCUAUCUGCGUCUGA